UCAAAGUUUCAUAAAAAUGAUUGAAAUGACACAAAUUGAUAAUUAGUAAAUUUUAAUCAGUAUAUCUAUUAAGUAAUUUUUUUUGAAAAAUCUAAGAAUUAUUUUGAACUUUUAAUCCUAAUGUGACACAUUAAUAUAAGUUGCAAAAUGUUAUUAAGGAACAUACAAUAGUAUUAUGUGGAGCAAUUACAAGAGAUUAUUCAAUGGAUUUAGAGUAAAUACAAUUAUUUGUAUAGCUUACAAAAGUCAUUAUGAAGCACUUAAUAUCUCUAAAACUGCCACACACAAAGAAAUAAAAGAUGCUUAUUACAGACUAUCGAUGAUAUAUCAUCCAGAUAAAAAUAAAGGAAGUGAAGAAGCUGCAAAAAUGUUCCGUGAUAUAACUUCAGCAUAUGAAGUCUUGGGAAAUGUACGCCAAAGAAAAUUAUAUGACAGUGGUGCUAACCUAAAUCAAAAAUCUUCUCAAUUUACUACCAAACAACAACCUUUUGAAACAAUGAAUACAACAAAUAAUAUUUAUAAAACUAAUGUCCGUAGCAGAGACUAUAAUUUUGAAGAAUGGUCUAAGUUUCAUUAUUCGAAUGCAUUUAAGCAACAGUAUGAAACUCGAAAAAGGCAUACAAGGAAUAAAAUUAAUGAAGAAUAUGCAUCACGACUAAAUUCUUACAAUAUAUUGACAAUUAUGGUUUGUUCGAGUCUUUUUAUUUUAAUAACUAUGUUUGAUCACAUAAAAAAAGUACUAACUGAGCGUAAAAAAAUAAAUAAAUUUUUUAAAGUAGAUGAACAAGAUUAACGUUUAUAAUUUAUUUUAAAUUUCAAAUAGUUUUUAAAUUAGCUUGUUAAAAAUUGAAGAAUCAAUAAUAAAUUCUGUAUACUUAGAUAUUUAUUAAUAUUGUUAUGUCAUUAUUUUGAGUCUUAAUUAAAUUGUGUGUACCUAUCAUAUAUUUUAUAUUCCAGAUUGAUAGUCUAAUAUGUUUCAAUCAGUUACUAAAAUUAUAAAUAGAUAUUUUUUAUACUUUCAUGUUUUGGGUUUUGGACCUUGGUGCCAUCCAUCUGUUAAUAAAUGUAUGUAUUCACAUUUACUAUAGUAUAAUCACAAGUAUACUAAUAUAAAUAUAAAUAUAUCUAUGAAUCUAA